UGCAAUCACGCAAGCGCAUUCCCCCAGCCCCUGCCGAACUUCAUUCGCUGCCUGGUGUGCGCACUGGCUAGCAGCUGAGUGAGACAUUUGUAAGCCGAUACCAUGUGGUGGGUUGUCGCCUUCUUGCUCCUGGUCCCACACCCCCAGGGCACACUCUCCACUCCCGUGUCGAAGCGUCAGGUCGACCAGUGGGGACCUUGGGGAGAUUGGGCGGCCUGCAGCCGCAGCUGUGGGGGAGGCAUCACCCACCGCGAGAGGCCCUGUCUCUACCUGAGGGAUGACGGGCAGCCCGAAUGCUUCGGAUCGACAAGAAUGUACAGGACCUGCAACGUGCAGGCAUGCCCCGAGGGCUCCCGUCCGUUCCGCAACGUGCAGUGCUCCGAGUUUGACGAGGUUCCAUUCGAAGGGCGAACGUACAAGUGGGUGCCCUACCACGGAGGGACCAACCGCUGUGAGCUGAACUGCAUGCCCAAGGGGGAGAAUUUCUACUUCCGUCACGCAUCGGCGGUGAUCGACGGCACGCCGUGCGAGCUGGGAAAGUCAGACAAGUGCGUCGAGGGCAUCUGCAUGCGAGUCGGCUGCGACGGGGAGCUGGAGUCGGACCGUGCAGAGGACAAGUGCCGCGUGUGUGGAGGCGACGGCAGGACCUGCUACCCGGUCUCGGGCGUGUUCACAAAGUCCCAGCUGCCUCUUGGCUACAGCCACGUGGUGCUCGUCCCAGCGGGAGCCACGAGCAUCCUCAUCAAAGAGAUGAUUCCGAGCAGGAAUUUCCUCGCGGUGCGCACUCUGCGAGGCGAGUACCACCUGAACGGGGACUGGACGGUCGACUACGCGCAGACGUUCACCGCGGCCGGGACGACGGUGGCGUACGACCGCAGCGAGGGCAGCCACCGCUCGGCGCAGAGCGUGCACGCCAGCGGCCCCACCACCGAGCCGCUGCUCGUCGAGCUGAUCAGCCAGGAGGAGAACAAGGGCAUCCACUACGAGUAUUUCAUGCCCGCGAAACGCAAUCGUGCCCAGCUCGGUUACGGAUGGAGACACGGGUCGUGGGGCCCCUGCGGCAAGGAAUGCAGCGGAGGAUUUCAAACGCGGACGGUGUACUGCUCGUCGGAUAAUGAGGUCCUGCCAGACGCAUACUGCGCGGGGGACAUCAGGCCGGCCAGCAACCGCUCCUGCAAUACUGACCCCUGCCCUGCUGUCAUCCGGCUCGCAUUCAAGUAUAGACCUGUGGAGGGGCACAGGCCACACAUUGCCCCGUGGAUGGACUACAGCUGGCGCGUCGGGGACUGGGGCGGCUGCUCCGUCACUUGCGGCGCAGGUGAGCAGACGCGGCCCGUGCGGUGCAUGAGCUCCGGCCGGAAUGGCAGCGUCGGCGGCCAAGACGGGCGGGUGCCGUCCUCUGCAGCUGCUGCUGCUGACGAAUCGGCGUGCCUCGCCUCCCUGGGGCCUGCCCCGGCCUCUCGGCAGAGCUGCUCCCUCGAGCCCUGCCCACAGUGGAUCACUGGAUCCUGGGAGCCGUGCUCAGCGGAGUGUGGACAGGGCCGUCAGCAGCGCCAGGUGUCGUGCGGAUCCGGCGACGGCGGCUGUGAGCAGCAGGGGGCACCGCCCUCCGAGCGGGAGUGCAACCUCGGUCCGUGCCGCAACCCCGAGUGGAGCGUCAGUCCCUGGAGCGAGUGCUCGGCGACGUGCGGCACCGGCGUGCAGACCCGGGCGGUGACGUGCGGCACCGGCGCGCAGACGCGGGCCGCUCAGCUGGCGCAGUGCAGCCCCGCCGGCAUGCCCCCCGCCAGGCAGCCGUGCGAGCGUGCCGCGUGCCCCCCGCAGAGCUUCGGCUGGUUCGAGGGGCCCUGGGGGCUGUGCUCGGUGAGCUGCGGCGGUGGCCUGCGCAAGCGCCAGGCCCUCUGCUACAACGAGGACUUCGAGGUGAUGGACCCGCGGAUGUGCGGCGAGGAAGGCCAUCCCACCGAGGAAGAGGCCUGCAACACUCAGCCGUGCUACCUGCCGCAGGAAGUGCCGAGCCAGGCGAACCCAUUGGGAUUCGACAGCACACAGCACCGGGUUUACUCCCUGCAAGGAGGCGCGUCAGCUCGGGGCCAGUCCGAGCACGUGGGUGAGCGUCCCGAGCGCGUGGGUGAGCGUCCCGAGCGCGUGGGCGAGCGUCCCGAGCGCGUGGGCGAGCGUCCCGAGCGCGUGGGCGAGCGUCCUGAGCGCGUGGGCGAGCGUCCCGAGCGCGUGGGCUGCGCUGGCUCCUAUUACGGCUGCUGCCCCGACGGGAGGAACCCGGCGCACGGUCACCGCGGCGAGGGCUGUCCCGACGUCUCCUGUUACCAAACCAGGUUUGGCUGCUGCCCCGAUGGCGUGAAUGCAGCCAGGGGGACCGAUGCCCUGGGCUGCCCCUCGGGCUACGACGGAGGAGAGGAGCACGGGCCCGAGGAGUGGGAGGAGGCCGCCGGGCGACAGGAGCCCCACGGGAGGGAGCGCGAGCGCCCGCGGGAGUCAGCGGUCGCAGCCGGCCAGCCGGUUGAGCGGGCUGCUCAUCCUCCUGCUGUUGCGGAAGAUUGCCACGGACAGAGGUUCGGCUGCUGCCCUGACCACGUGUCCCCGGCACAGGGACCCAGCGGGGAGGGCUGCUCGGGCAUCCGUGACGGAGCGAGGCCCGCGUGCAGCCUGCCCAGCGCCAGGGGCACGUGCGCCGACUACACGGCGCUCUGGUUCUGGGUGCCGGCGAACGGCGCCUGCAACCGCUUCUGGUACAGCGGCUGCGACGGCAACGCCAACCGCUUCGACUCGGAGGAGGCCUGUGUGCGGACGUGUGCGGCGCAGACCGCCGAGCAGCAGGAGCCACGGCGCGCGCACGGGCAGCAGCAGCAGCAGGCGCAGAGUACCACGCAUCGCCACCACCACCACCAGGCGCAGAUUCAGCAAGAGGAGCAUUCUUUUGAGACGCAUCACCGGGAAGCUGAGCACAAGCCUCAGCCAGAGAGGGCAGACAGGCCCAGUCAGCCAGUCUACAGCCUGUGGAUCGAGCGGGACGACCCCACGGCGGUGGAGCGCCCUCUGGGGCACGCGGCCGAGCUCCUGUGCCGCGCCCAGGGCUCGCCCGACGUCGCUCUGGAGUGGAUGAAAGACAGCAGAGCCAUCGACCCUUCCCGGUAUGUUGUGCUGCUCAACGGCUCCCUCUACAUCCAAGCGGUGGAAGAGGAGGAUGCUGGGAUAUACACCUGCCGCGCCAGCAAUGGGCAACAGCAGGAGUUCCGUCAGGUGCAACUGAGCAUCAUGGCCACAACCUCGUCGGCUGAAAAGCCUCUAGUCAGGGAAGCCGAUGAUAACUUGGCCGCGGUGGUCGAAGCGCGCGCCGGCUCGUCCGUGCGGCUGCCCUGCCGCUUCUCCGCGUCCGAGCCGGCGAGGCGCCCCGUCUGGACGGACGGCUCGGGGAGGGCGCCGACCGGCCGGCGCUUUCGGCAGCUGGCGGACGGCUCGUUGGUGAUCUCGCCGGUGAUGCCCGGCGACGCGGGGACCUACGCCUGCGAGCUGGAGACGAGGCUCGGGGCGGCACGCAGGCGGUCCAGCCUGACGUUGAAGGUCAAAGGAGUGCUCUCCAUCGUGAAGCCGCCUGGCGACGUCGCGGUGGAAGAAGGCGACGAGGCUGCGUUUCCCUGCACCGUGUCCGACAAGGAAGCCAAUGUCAUCUGGACCAGGAACGGCGUGUCGCUGACAUCCGGGGAGGUGGGCGGAGGCCGCGUGCUCGUGUCCGGCGACGGCAUGCUGGUGCUGCGCAACGUCCAGAGCAGCGACGCCGGCCGCUACACGUGCAACGUGUACAGCGGCUCCCGCUCCGUCAGCGCCAGUGCACACCUCACCGUGCAGGACACGUCUGCUUCUGUACCUCGUGGUGAUGGUGGUGGUAUCGUCAACGGUGCUUCUUUCGGUGAUGCUGGUGGUGGCGAUGGUGGCGGUGGCGGUCGUGGUGGUGCCGCCAUCGAUGCGUCUGCUGGGCUCUUGGGCACCGCCAGCGAGAGGUCCUGCAUUGACCGGCCCGAGCUGGCCAACUGCGAGCUGGUGGUGCAGGCCAGCCUGUGUCACAACGCAUAUCACGCGAGAUUCUGCUGCGCCAGCUGCGCCGCGCACGCGCCCUCAAGACGCGCAACUCGCCAGCGAGCCGUGCGCUCGGGGGCAGCCUGAUGGCCCGAUGGAUUCGUCACCGCUCGAAUGAAAGGGACCCUCAGCUACGAAGGGCAAUCAGCGAGGACCAAAGAGAUGCUGGGGCCUUGCUGUAUGAAGUUGAGCAGUAAAUGGAAUGUGAAAGCGGAGAUUUCUUGUAGGAGGGGGGCAGGUGGGGAGGAUCACGGUUAUAAAAAAAAAUGGAAGUAGACUUUAUGACGGUGACACUUUCCCAAACUUCAGGUCGCGACUGCCGAGAUAGCUUAGGAAAGGCUUCCCUGAAGAGUCAAAGAAGCCAAUAAAUAAAAUGAAAACGGAAACAAUUCAAUCGUUUCCCUGUCAGUCGCCAAAAGCUUCAAUGCUUUUCCAGAGCCUCUCCUCCCUCUACGAGAAACAAAACAUAACAUGUGUACAAGUUAAACCAAGGCAGACAUUAGAUCAUACAUACAUACACACAUGUAUAUAAACAUUGCUUAUUUAUAUGGUAAAAAUACACAGUAUUUCCAACAUUACAGCAAUUCACAUUUCACUUUUGUAGCCAUUUACUUAAAAAAGGGAAUAAUAUGUUAAACAUGAGUAAGAUAAACUUAACAAAGUGUGGAAAUGUCAUAAUCUCAUGAUUGUAUCUAGAGGACAUAUGCAAUGGGUCAUUACGGUUUGGUGAAGGCGAACAGGAACUAUCCAGGACUGCUUUAGAUUUCAGAAAGCCAUGGUUGGGAAUAGAGACUGGGACCGCCAGGAUGUAAGUGUUAAUUCGAUAAACACUGCACUACCACCACUCCACCCCGAGACGUUACGGAUUUUAGCGAACACUACCAAUGUUCAAUCUAGAUUUGAAGCUUUCGUGGCUGCAGGAAUUCAUACUCUUUGGUUCUUUCGGUAAAGUCACGUAGGUAGAAAAUAAAAAAAAUCACGACGUUUCGAUUGCCACACAAGCAAUCAUCAUCAGGUGGGAAAACCACAGCAAGAAUUUUUUUUUGCUGAUAAAAGUUCUCUCUCUGCAAACAAUUAACUCAUCACCAGGAGAGCUCAACCACCUUCCCAAAUUUUGACUUGGAAAGAUGUCACCAACCACUUUGGGUUAUGACUUGAUUUGUUUUCUUAACCUCUACCAUCAGCAGUGUUGGCGUGUUGAGCGAGGUGCAAUGCUUUGAUUGGUGUAGACCUACUGCCGGUGUCAGAGCCCUCUCGUACAUUAACAUUAGCUGCCCCGCCCAUCUCUAAACCUUUAUAAACAGCUUGCCCUCAGACUAACCUCCCUGCUCCUGAUGACGACCGCUUGUGUUGCGACCGAAACGUCGUGAUAUUUUUAUUCACUUUAUUUUGUAUUAUUUUAUUGUUAUUUUUUUCUAUCUACGUGACUUUACCGAAAGAACCAUAGGACACCUUCCCAAAGUUUAACUUUCUGUGGAGAAAUUAACACAUUUCCGGUUGAAAUAUCCUGUUCUGUAAAUCCGCAGGUGAGGAUUUUCUUCAACGGAGGACAAGGGCCUUUUAUAAAUAAAUAAAAAUGCAUGUUCAAUACCGUUCAAAUGUGAUGUAAAAUGUGUUUAACCUUCAUGCAAGACACUCCAUGUUCUCAACUCAGUUGUGUUUUAUAACGCUGCCACCUGGUGGUCGCAUUUUCUCAACACCAAAAGUUGGUGAAGAAACACGCUUUCAUUGCGAUGCACUCCAACAAAACUAAAGAGAUCACCACAAGCUCACAAGCUCGAAGUGAACAAGGCCUCAGACGAGUGUAUUUACAGUGUCAACGAUUUGCAAGAGCAACCGGGCGUUGUUGUUGUAAGUUGCUGAGGUUUAGCUCAGAGUACAGAUUACAAGAAAGUGGCAAAAUAUACAUUUAUUUAAUUUCAACCAUGGACAUGAAACAAGUACAUUGGAUUUCAAAGUUGUUUAUUCUUUGAAUGUCUGGACUGCUCUAAAUACUUUGCCAUUAAAUACAGAAGCUUGUAAGAGCACAUGCACCCAUAAAAGUACGCAAAGUGGUUUGUAUGAUAUACUUAACAAGAAUGCUGAAAAACGAUUUUAACUCAUGGGUAAUAGGAUUUGUCUCAAUUUAGCAAUUUUAAAACAGCAGUACGUUUCAUUUUAUAAACAUCGAUUCUUGUAUUACAUAAAAUCCAUCGUAUUAGUAUCAUUAGCUGAUUACAGGCGAGGUAAGAGUAAAAAAAACACUGUGUAAGGCCUUCACACACUUGGCAAAUUCUCUUAUCAGGAGCAAAGAAAGAUUUGUGGCUGGUAAUGUGCGCAACUUGGGACAAGGUAAAACGGUGCACGAUGGAAUGCCGAAAAUCCGUGCAAUGCAGAUACCAAUACAUGGCCACCCACCACCAACUGCAUAAAGCCAGGACAGUUCAUCAAAGGCAGUCUGAAAUCACAAUUUCCUAAAAGAUAAAACAGUAUUUAAUUCCACACGCAAGUCUAAUUUGCUCCAUACUGAAAAUGUCCUCACACGACACAUUGCAUGUAAAGAAAACAACUUGACGAGUGUGAAAGGGUCUUUACAAAGCCAGCGAACAAUAACGGUGUGUCGUAUAACAUCUCUUCGAUUUAAAAACAAACUUGAAUGCAACACCUAUUUUUUUUCUGCUGCCAAGUUAUGGAACCCUGUUAGAAUGUAGAAAAUUCGUGUAUUGAAAUUGUAAGAUUUCAGUGUCCGAUUUGAAAUGAAUUAAUUUCAUAUCCACGAUUUACACAAUCGGCUUACCUGAAAUACAAUGGACAUCUAAAUAACCCUUCAAGUUUCUAAGUGUAUGUCACCACAACGUAGUGUUAUAAACCCGUGGGCCAGCACAAUAGUUAAAAUAUUAAACUUUAGGUUGGUUUUUUGGUGACAAUUUUUUUUAAAAUCAUGUCCUAACAAAGUUAGAAAUAUUUAAAUCUGCAACUGACUGUACCAUACAGCAGUUAAGGCCUUUGACAUUUUUUAUAGGGAUAUACAUUUUUGUAUCAAAAUAUAUAAAAAAAGUUAGCAAUUUCACCUAAACACCCACAUGACCUCAAAUCUACCGUAUCGGGCACAUGUACACUGUACGUUUUAGAAUCACUCAUAAAAAUAUUUUUUUAGCGUCGGCUUUGUCAUCAGUGUCACAACAGCAAACCUAAAAAUCACUGCAUGAACAUUAUACCUAUAAAACUACACUAGCAGUGCCUUCACCAAGAUAUUCUGUAGAAUUACACAAGAAAUAAAGCUAAUCCAAUCCCAUCACCUGCAUAUAUAAUCUAACUCAGUAGUUUAUGCAGUUAACUUCACAUUUUGGCAAAUUAAGAUGUAAAAAUAGCGCUUUUUCACGUGAUAUACACACACACACACGUGUUCAGCAUAGGGACGAUCAUGACAAUACUUGCCAAUAAAUCCAUGUAGGUUGGACAACGUUCUCUUAAUGACACUGAACAAGGGUCUCCAUCAACUAGGGGUUAACGUUCACCCGGACUGCAUUGUGUCAAAGUUCCCCUUGUUACAGCUGUGCAGCGCCAUGGGCUGUGCACUCGCACGCACCCGUGUUCCGCCUGCCUGCAUCACACUGCUUUGUGUUGCCAGCGAUCAUUCGCAUGGUGCAGUGGAAUCUUCAACGGACAAGACACUUUUUUCUCAAGUCCCCGUUACUUUGAAACAGCUGGGCCACAGCAUGUCAUGUGUUAAGCUGUUUAUCCCUCCUUCCACUAUCACGCCACUGUUGCAAUGUCCAUGAAUGUCUAAAGAUGUAAAUGUUAUAACGAAAGAGAAAUAUACUAUUUUAUUCAUAUAUCCAUUUGAACAAUGUUUUUUUUUCUUUUAUGAACAGUAAAUGAAACAUUUCAUUGCAAUAAUGCACUUUUUGUUCAAAGCUGUUUGCAUUACCCAGAAAGCAAGUGUGAGUGCUAAAUGUAUAUUCUAUUUCACUUUAAUAAAAUAAGACGCAGCAAAAAAAA